AUGUGCAACUGCUUGAUCUGUGGCCUUUCGACGAAGGUGAAAUCCAGAAAAAAUGAAAAUGCCGUAAAAGACGUGUACUGCCCGUACUGCUGCAACACUGUCAACUCUGCCGAUAUUGUGCACAAGUACUACUUCACAUUCUUUUUUAUACCGCUAUGCCCCGUAAAGACAGCGAUGACGUACACGGGCUGUGAGGUGUGCAAGGGCAAAUUUAGCGAUGGGCGGGUGAGAAUAUGCCAGAAUUGCAGGAAUGUCAUUUUGAACGAUUAUAGAUACUGUGGACGAUGCGGAGACGCGGUUGGUUAUCUGUAA